AUGCACCUCCCCAGCCUCCCGGCCACCCCAGUGCCCCGAGCAUUAGACGGUCCCAAGAUGGACCUGGAAUCUGACGGCAGAAUGGGGUGGGGACCGCCGUCCAUCGCACUCACCCCCCGGGCACGGCAAGAGUCGCCUUGGGAGGGUGGUAAGGCCCGGAGGGGGAGGGGGGGAGGGGGGUGGGAUCAACGACCAUGGGGGCCCAGCGGCGCCGGGUCAGGAAGGAACGAUAGAUAG